AGGGAGCAGCAGGGACCCCAGUCAGCCUCAGGUGGGAGCAGCAGAGCGAUGGCACAGGGACAGCUCUACCCUCGACUCCCUCCUCCCCCCUCCGGACCUAGAUUCUAGCGAAGCCCAUGUUCUGGAGGCAUCCCUGGACACAGGCAGGGAUGAGAUCCCGAAACCAAGGUGGAGAAAGCUCGUCUAAUGGGCACUUCUCCAAUUCCAAGCCUGUCAUCAGCCAUGCAGAGAAUGAAAAACUUCAGGAGGAUGCCAAGAAAAAGAACAAACCUCAUCGGAAGGAAGAUGAGGUCAUGGUUUCAGCAACUGUCAAACGGCACUCAAAAUCACCUGCACCUACUGAACGAAAGAACAAGAAGUCCAUAGAGCUUUCUAAAGAGGACUUGAUAAAACUACUCAGUAUAAUGGAAGGAGAAUUGCAGGCAAGGGAGGAUGUGAUCCACAUGCUGAAGACAGAGAAAACCAAACCUGAAGUUUUAGAAGCUCAUUAUGGGUCUGCAGCUCCAGAGAACGUGCUCCGAGUGCUACACAGGGAUGCCAUCCUUGCCCAAGAAAAGUCUAUAGGGGAAGAUGUCUAUGAAAAACCAAUUUCAGAGCUGGACAGACUUGAAGAAAAGCAGAAAGAGACGUAUCGGCGCAUGCUGGAACAGCUCCUGUUGGCAGAAAAGUGCCAUCGUCGCACAGUUUAUGAGCUGGAAAACGAGAAACAUAAACAUACAGAUUACAUGAACAAGAGCGAUGACUUUACCAACCUCUUGGAACAGGAGAGGGAGAGGUUGAAGAAACUUCUGGAGCAGGAGAAGAUCUAUCAAGCCCGGAAGGAGAAGGAACAUACAAAGAGAAUCAAUAAAUUAAGAGAAGAACUAGUCAAACUCAAAUCAUUUGCACUCAUGCUGGUGGAUGAAAGACAAAUGCAUAUUGAACAACUUGGUCAACAAAGCCAGAAAAUACAGGACUUAACCCAAAAACUAAAGGAAGAAGAAGAAAAGCUUAAAAUUAUUAGUGCAAAAACAAAGGAAGAUGGACAAAAACUGAUGAAGUUAGAGGCAGAACUUGAACACAAAACAUCAUCGUUUUCUCAAGAACAUGAGGAGAUGACUGCUAAACUGGCUAAUCAAGAGUCACAUAAUAGACAGCUAAGGCUUAAGCUAGUGGGAUUGACUCGCAGAAUAGAGGAACUUGAAGAAACUAACAAAAAUCUUCAAAAAGCUGAGGAGGAACUUCAAGAACUAAGAGAUAAAAUAGCAAAUGGGGAAUGUGGGAACUCUAGCUUAAUGGCAGAAGUGGAAAACCUCCGAAAGCGUGUGCUUGAAAUGGAGGGGAAAGAUGAAGAGAUCACAAAAACUGAAUCCCAGUGCAAAGAGCUGAAAAAUAAGCUGCAAGAGGAAGAGCACCAUAGCAAAGAGUUGAAACUUGAAGUGGAGAAAUUGCAGAAAAGAAUGUCAGAAUUAGAGAAGUUGGAAGAGGCUUUCAGCAAAAGUAAGUCUGAAUGCACCCAGCUACACUUAAACUUGGAGAAAGAAAAGAAUUUGACUAAGGAUUUGAUAAAUGAGUUGGAAGUGGUGAAGACUCGAGUGAAGGACCUUGAGACAUCAGAAAGCAAGUUGGAAAAGGCUGAAAUCAGCUUAAAAGAUGACCUUACAAAGCUGAAGUCGUUUACUGUGAUGUUGGUUGAUGAACGAAAAAAUAUGAUGGAAAAAAUAAAACAGGAGGAAAAAAAGGUUGAGGGUCUAAACAAGAAUUUUAAAGUUGAACAAGGGAAAGUUAUGGAUGUAACAGAAAAACUAAUAGAAGAAAGUAAGAAAUUUUUGAAACUGAAAUCUGAAAUGGAGGAAAAAGUGUCUAGUUUGACAAAGGAAAGGGAUGAGUUAAUUGGCAAACUGAGAAGUGAAGAAGAAAAAUCCUCUGAACUAAGCUGUAGAGUUGACCUGUUAAAGAAAAGAAUUGAUGGUAUGGAGGAAGUAGAAAGAGAAAUUACAAGAGGCCGAAGCCGGAAAGGACCAGAGCAUGGUUGUCAUGAGGACAACAAGAUUAAGGAACUUACCAUUGAAAUUGAAAGACUGAAAAAACGUCUCAAACAACUGGAAGUGGUCGAAGGAGAUUUGAUGAAGACAGAAGAUGAAUAUGACCAGCUAGAGCAGAAAUUUAGGACUGAGCAGGAUAAAGCUAACUUUCUUUCUCAACAGUUGGAGGAGAUGAAACUCCAAAUUGCCAAAACCAAAGCAAUAGAAAAAGGUGAAGUGGUGAGCCAGGAGGCAGAGCUGAGGCACAGGUUUCGUCUGGAAGAAGCCAAAAGCAGAGAUUUGAAAGCAGAAGUUCAAGCUCUUAAGGAAAAAAUCCAUGAGCUGAUGAACAAAGAAGACCAGCUUUCUCAGCUCCAAGUCGAUUAUUCAGUUCUGCAGCAAAGGUUUAUGGAAGAGGAAAACAAAAACAAGAGCAUGGGGCAGGAAGUUAUGAACCUAACAAGAGAGCUGGAGCUUUCUAAGCGUUACAGCCGUGCCCUGAGGCCCAGCAUAAAUGGACGAAGAAUGGUUGAUGUUCCCGUGAUGUCCACUGGUGUGCAAACAGAUGCUGUAAGCAAUGAAGCAGCAGAAGAAGAAACUCCAGCAGUGUUUAUAAGGAAAUCCUUCCAGGAGGAAAAUCAUAUCAUGAGCAAUCUGCGACAGGUAGGUCUGAAGAAACCCAUGGAGCGUUCUUCAGUGCUCGAGAGAUAUCCUCCAGCAGCGAAUGAGCUUGCUAUGAGGAAAUCUUGGAUACCAUGGAUGAAAAAGAGGGAAACUGGGGCUCAGGCAACUCCUGAGAAAGGAGCCCGAACCCACAGUAGUCCAGCACAUCCUGGGGAGGUUGUCCUUUCACCAAAGCAGGGUCAACCUCUUCAUAUUCGGGUGACACCAGACCAUGAGAACAGCACAGCUACUUUGGAGAUAACCAGUCCCACCGCAGAGGAAUUUUUUUCAAGUACCACUGUCAUUCCUACUCUGGGAAAUCAGAAGCCACGAAUAACCAUCAUUCCCUCUCCAAACGUUAUGCCACAAAAAGGAAAAGGCAGUGAAAGUCCCAUGGGCUCAGAUCGUUCUAUGUCUCCAGUCACUAUAACAACAUUCUCCAGGGAAAAGUCCCCAGAGGGAGGCAGAGCACCCUUUGCUGACAGACCUGCAUCACCAAUUCAGAUUAUGACAGUAUCAACAUCUGCAGCACCGGCAGAAAUAUCUGUCUCUCCACAGUCACAAGAUAUGACCAUGGGAAGGGCUGUCUUCAAAGUAACACCAGAAAAGCAAACCGUCCCAACUCCAAUCCGCAAGUACAAUGCCAAUGCCAAUAUUAUUACGACAGAAGACAACAAAAUCCACAUCCACUUAGGUUCCCAGUUCAAACGUUCUCCCAGUGCUGCACCUGAUGGUGCAAGUCCUGUGAUAACAGUCAGACCAGUGAACAUAGCAGCAGAGAAAGAAGUUGUAACCGGUACCGUCCUUCGAUCGCCUCGGAACAACUUGUCCUCGCGACCUGCAGCAAGCAAGGUGACAAGUACUAUCACUAUAACACCUGUUACAACAUCUUCCACCCGAGGAACACUAUCAAUGACAGGACAGGAUGGGUCGUCCCCGAGACCUACACCCACCCGCAUUCCUGUGUCAAAAGAGAGUGUCAUCAUUCACCAGUUACGCAUGAACUCUAGAUGAGUUACCGCCC